AUGGAGCCUAAUGCUAAGACUCGUAACGUACGUUGGAGUGAUGAGAUGGAUGGUUUUUUGAUCACGUCAUUUGUUGAACAAGUGUUGGCUGGGCACAAACGAAGUGACAAUGGCUUUACCACAUUUCAAGUAUCUAAGGCAGUAGACAGGGUUCUCAAUGGAUGCGGGGUCAUGGUCUCAGAUAAGAAUUUUUGGGUUGGAUCCCGAAACUGGCGCAUUAUAGCUGAUGUUGUUACUUGGGAGGAUUUUAUUACGGGGAAUCCAGAUUUUGGGAAGUGGAGAACCAAACUUUGUCCAAGAUAUGAUGAAAUGGAAACUAUCUUAGGGAAUGAUGCAGCCACUGGAGAUCAAGCGUACGCGAAAGCCUUUAAAAAUCAUUCGAAUAUCAUGGCAGUCUUGGAACGUUCUUCGAAUCCCUCGAAGGCUGGUGAAAUAAACGACGACUCUGUCCUCGGUGCCCGGGAGACGGAAAGGAGAAUCCGAAAUCGGAUAAGGGAUAAAAUUGGAAUCUGCUGGUAA